AAGAGCGCACCUGUAGUUGGAGUGGGGGGCUGCAUAUAGUGGGCUGGAUGAGGCUGAAGAGGGAGGCAGAGACGGAGUAAGACAGAGCCUGCGUGUGUGGUAAGGCUGCUUUAGUCAGGAAAGUUUUAGUCGUAAGUGACAAAAAUCCACCUAAGGAAAAAGGGAAGCCUUUAUUGGCUCGGAAACUAAAUGUUCCGGGCUCUUCCUAUCAAAGAUGUCACUGAGUUGUGAACCCUCUCUGUCUCAAGGUUGUUCUCCUCCGGCUGGCCUGUGUGAUGUGGUCCUCGGAUCCCCUUUGUGACACAGAGGCCGAAGACUGGACUGGAGGGGAAUGGGCAGGGCUAACUGAUAAGGGCCGCUCUUGAAAGUUGCCUUCUCUUCGGGCCAGGUCUAGGCGUCCCCACCUGAGGCCCCCUGGGGGAGGGCAGGAGGUUGGCCUCUGAGGGAGCUUAUGGAGGCGGAGAACGGGACAGGUGUGUGUGUGGGGGGGGGGGGUCUGUUUCCACACUCGCUUUGUUAAAACGGCAAGCCCAGAGUCCCCUGUCUCUUAGAGGACCUGAAAUGCCUUUGCUCGGCGGCAUCCUCGUCCUUCCAGAGAGGCAGGACCGUUUGGAUUGGUGAGAGCGAACAAGGAGGGCGGCAACGCCAAGAGCUCCUCCCGAAUCCCGCCCCCUCGUUCCGGCGCUGGGUGCCCGGGUGCUGAGCGGCUCCAGAGCUGCUGGGGGCAGAGGGCCGCCCGCUUCCGCCCCGCGCACACGCGGCCUGGGCAGAAGCACGUCCCACCUGGGGACCCCCUUUCUUUCUGGGCUCCGGCGCUUCCGCCUCCGGGGCGGAGACUCCUCCCCUCUCCGUCCCAGUCGCCUUCCCGGGGAGAGCGGCCCGAACAGCCUCCGCCCGCCGGCCCCCUCCCGCAGCCCGGCCGCCCCGGCCCGCGCGGCUUCAGCACCGCGGACAGCGCCCCGCCCGCGGCAUGGCCCUGCGCUCCGGCCCCGCCGCGCUGCUGCUCGGCUGCGGCCUCCUCGGGCUGCGCGCAGGCGUCUGGGGUACUGACACGGAGGAGCGGCUAGUGGAGCACCUCCUAGAUCCUUCCCGGUACAACAAGCUCAUUCGCCCAGCCACCAAUGGCUCUGAGCUGGUGACCGUUCAGCUCAUGGUGUCGCUGGCCCAGCUCAUUAGUGUGCAUGAGCGGGAACAGAUCAUGACCACCAAUGUCUGGCUGACCCAGGAAUGGGAAGAUUAUCGCCUCACCUGGAAGCCUGAGGAGUUCGACAACAUGAAGAAGGUUCGGCUCCCUUCCAAGCACAUCUGGCUGCCGGAUGUGGUCCUAUACAACAACGCCGACGGCAUGUACGAGGUGUCCUUCUAUUCCAACGCCGUGGUCUCCUACGACGGCAGCAUCUUCUGGCUGCCGCCCGCCAUCUACAAGAGCGCCUGCAAGAUCGAGGUGAAGCACUUCCCCUUCGACCAGCAGAACUGCACCAUGAAGUUCCGCUCGUGGACCUACGACCGCACGGAGAUCGACUUGGUGCUCAAGAGUGACGUGGCCAGCCUGGACGACUUCACGCCCAGUGGCGAGUGGGACAUCGUGGCGCUGCCGGGCCGGCGCAACGAGAACCCGGACGACUCCACGUACGUGGACAUCACGUACGACUUCAUCAUCCGGCGCAAGCCCCUCUUCUACACCAUCAACCUCAUCAUCCCCUGCGUGCUCAUCACCUCGCUGGCCAUCCUCGUCUUCUACCUGCCGUCCGACUGCGGCGAGAAGAUGACGCUGUGCAUCUCCGUGCUGCUGGCGCUCACCGUCUUCCUGCUGCUCAUCUCCAAGAUCGUGCCGCCCACCUCGCUGGACGUGCCGCUGGUGGGCAAGUACCUCAUGUUCACCAUGGUGCUGGUCACCUUCUCCAUCGUCACCAGCGUGUGCGUGCUCAACGUGCACCACCGCUCGCCCACCACGCACACCAUGGCGCCCUGGGUCAAGGUCGUGUUCCUGGAGAAGCUGCCCGCGCUGCUCUUCAUGCAGCAGCCGCGCCACCGCUGCGCCCGCCAGCGCCUGCGCCUGCGGCGGCGCCAGCGCGAGCGCGAGGCGGGCGCCCUCCUCUUCCGAGAAGCCCCCGGGGAGCCGGCGGGCCCGGCGCAGGGCUGCGGGCUCCGCGCGGCGGUGGACGGCGUGCGCUUCAUCGCGGACCACGUGCGCAGCGAGGACGACGACCAGAGCGUGAGCGAGGACUGGAAGUACGUCGCCAUGGUGAUCGACCGUCUCUUCCUGUGGAUCUUUGUCUUCGUCUGUGUUUCCGGCACCAUCGGCAUGUUCCUGCAGCCUCUCUUCCAGAACUUCUCCGCUGCCGCCUUCCUGCACGCGGACCGCUCGGCGCCCAGUUCCAAGUGAGGCCCUCCCCGGCCUGCGCUCCUUCGGGCUCCUUCACCCGUGCCCUCUGUUGCCAGUAGUUGGGGCGGAGGUGGGACAAGUGAGCUGGGGGCGGGGAGGGGGGGGAGGCUGCCGCGGAUCCAUUCUUUCCCGCCCCCCCGGGCCCCUCCCCAGCACCUGUGGCGGCACACGGCGGCCGGCCUGUCCCCUGGCACCGGCCAGGCAGGCUGGUGGGGCACGAAGGCUGACGAGGGAGAAUGGGGAUGUGGGCCUUCCACGCCGAGGGAGGAGUGGCAGGGGAGGGGCCGACUCGGGGCAGGGUGGCAGGGUGGGGCCGACUCCGGCCGACCUGAUGGAGGUGAUGGAGGGCCACCCGGCCUUUCGGGCGCAGGGAGGGAGGGGCCGGGGGCGGGCCUGAGUGUGGCCCGAUGGGUGGACAGCGCCUGGGCUGGGGCGUCUGCCCGGGGGCCUCACCUGUCGCUGUGGUCGGAUUCCUGGGGGGGGGGCCUCCAGCCCAGCCCCACAGCCCUCCGCUCCUAAGGGGCCCCGGAGCCCCAGCUCCCUCUGCACCCCUUCCUUACUCAGGCCAGGGUGUGGGGGGCAAGGCUGGGUAUCGGGGGAGCCUUUGAGUUCUGAGGGUGCGCAGCGCGAGCUCGCCAGCUGCUUCUGGCCCCCUGAACUGACCGGGCGUUUGGAGUCAGGAAACCAAAGCUGUCGGCUUUAAGCUGACCCAGCCUCUGUGCCCUCCGCAGAGGGCGCCGGGCAGGAAGCGGUGGCGCCGCCCCAGCCCUCCCCCGCCGGCCAGACCGGAGCUGGGGUGAGACGCGCCGCGUUGCCGCCUCCGGCUCCUCACGGGGCACGGUCUUUGCCUCUGUCCCUGGGCCCCCGGAGGCCGUGUCCGCUCCCUGCUCCCAGCGACCAGCGGGGGACCCCCUGGCCUCUCAGCCCAGUUAGCAGGCCUCCGAUGGGCCUCCUGCCCCCAUCCCUGCCACGUGAGUGGCUCUGAUUUGCGGUCCCAGCCCGUCCUCGGUGCCACAGAGGGGUCAGUCCACCCGGCGUAGCCAAAGGGCCGGCCGGCACGCCGUGCUGUCCUCCGCAGCCCAGCCGGCCUCCCGCUUCGGCAGGCACGGCAGAGGCGGGGGCAGUGCCAACGGGUGGGGGCCCACACGGCACAGGCCACGGGGCCAGACGGGCUCGGUGUGGAUUCUAGUCCCGGCCCACCACCUGCUCGCUCAGCCACGGGAACAAGUCUGUUCGCCCUGCUGGGCCUCAGAGCUCUCAUCUCCACCAUGGGGGCGGGACUGCCUCUUGGGGGGGGCCGGAGGAGGAGGGGAGGGUCUCCAAGAAGCUCAGUCCGUCCCUGGCACCAAGCAGAGGCUUCACGCACGUGCGGUCGGGGGGCAGGCAGAGCCGGGGCGCUGGGCUCACCUGACUGUCCCGAAAGCCUCCCUCGCAGACUCUCCCUUACCCCGUGUCUCUUCCUUGAGCAAAGCGAGUCCCCUGCAGCAGGGCGGGAUCUGGGGAGCUGGGGACUGGAGAACAUUCCGGGGCACGCUCGGUGGGUCUGACGGCCGUGCCUCUCUCCGGAGUGCUUUCCGCAAAGCGUCGUCCUGUUCCUGGGCUGUGCUCCGGCCCCGACCCUGGCCUCCCUCCCGGGUCAGCUCCUCCCAACACGGGUGCGAGCUCGUAGCCCCUGGGCCGAUCUAGGCUUGUCCUGGCCCCGGAUGUCCGGCCGGUAGUUGGGCCAGGUGUGCCUCGGCAUGCGUCCGCGCCUGCCAGAAUGGGCUCAUCUCUCCUGGGGGGGGUGUCUCGGCCCCGUGCCCCCCCCCCCCCCCCCCCAGUUCUAGAGCAGCAAGUUGAAACUUGCUUGCAUUAUGCCUGGACCCACGGCAAACUCAGAGUCCUGGGAAAGUCCAGGAACCAGAACACCAACUGGAAAGAACCCUCCCCCUGGAGGGUGGGGUGCCCGCCGGAGGCCUUCCCUCCUGGCUCUCCCGGCCCCUCGUCAAGGCCUGGGCCACGCGGAGGGCCCUGUCAGCUGCCGCUGCGCCUGGCCUUGCGUUGCUUCCCGCGAGUGGCUGUUGUCCAAGUAAGUGACCAGAAACGCUAGAGGGGUCAGAGUUGGCAGCUUGCCCAGCGUUUCGUGGGCGUCUGACACACGAAGAAACCAAGGCCUGGAGACCGAAAGCGCUUUGCCGUGACCUUGCUCGUUCUCGUCUGUAAAACAGGGAGGGCAGAGGUGGUUGAGGGCCGGAGCGCGGAAAGACAGACGGCUGCGUACGACGGGGUCACCGGGCUGGGCCCUUGGGGCGGUGCCAUUUUCCCCAGGUCUGGGCGCCGCCCUUCGGGGCCCCUGCCGCUGGGGGGAGGGGAGGGCAGCAGGGUUUGAGCCCUCGGGUGCUGGGAACUGGGGACAGGCACAGCCCCUCCUCUUCCCUUGUGCCGUCAGGGGCGGGGCCCCGGGGCCGUCUCUGGAGAACCAGGCGCCCAGUCCCGGAUCGGAAGAGGGCGGUGCCGAAGCUGGACCGAAGCCCGAGCCAGAUGGGCUUGGGAGGGGCGCCGAGGCAGUGACUGGCCCGUCUCUCCCGGGGACGGCGGGGCCACAGGCCGUGCGCCAACCACGCUGUCCGACUCUGCUUUUGACGGCCGGCGCCGCGGCAGGAGGCGAGCAGUCUAUCGGCGGCCGCCUGACGGGCCUUCUCUGCGGACGAGGGCUGUGCAGGGAGGGCAGAGGCAGGAUCUGGGGGCUCGACUCCUGCCUCCUCCAGCCCCAGGCCCUUGUUCCUGGACGGCCUGCAGGCAGGGGGCUCCCGCCGACACAGAAGCCGCCUCAGAGAGGCGGAGGGACGGUGGGGGGCGGCUAGGGGAAGGCUAGGGCCUCGGUGAACCCAGUCCCUGGCCGGAGCGGACUCCGGCUCUCAGCCGGCUGCUCCCCCGUGUGUGGGCUGCCGUCACCUGCCCGUCACCUGCCCGGGCCGGAGCGUGAAGCGGCACCUUCGGUGUGUGGCCCAGCGGCCCGGCCGGCUAUCACGCAGCUCCUAAGGGACUGUAGGUCUAGGUGUGGCUACGACUCCUGCCCGCCCACCCACCCCCCCUGCGCCCCCUGCCCCCGCACUGGCCUUGGUCUCCCUCGUCUGUGCUCAUGGAGUAUUUGCACCAGUCCUAGCCAACUCCGGGCCAGACGCGCUAGAAACUUCACAUUCUCGUAAAGAAAGAGGUUUCCAAA